AGAGAGGAGGGAAGAAGGCAAAAAAGAAAGAGUCAGGGGAGACUGAGACAGGUUUUUCAGUGGGACAGAAAACCAGUAACUCCCAAGUGCCGCAGCAUAGCCUUGAAGUUGAGUUAGAAGGAGAGCAGUGAAAGGGAGGGACCCAGUGACGGGGAGGAGUUACAGCUGACCAAUGAGGAGGACAGCGAGGCAUCUGAGGAGCAAAAGCCAUCAGGGCCAAGAAAGGGAAAGGAGGCAAGAGUUCAGCUUCAUAGAGAAGAAAUAGUGGAGGCAAGAAGAAAGUGAAGAGGGGGAUGAGGAUUGGGGGGGAGAAGGGGAUGAAGCCGGCCAGGAGGAAGGGUGAAGACGAGUGGUUGAAGGUCUACCUGGAGAAGACUGGGUGCUGGUUGUGUGUGGGUGGGGCACCCACUGUUCUCCAAGCAGGCCACGUAGCCCAUAACCUACGUGGUAGUUGUGGAUGGAGAUAGUCACAUGAAGGAUCUGGGCAGCAAGUACGACCCCACCUGAAUGACCUCCACCAGAAUGUGCCAGGUGGACAAGGAGUGGUGGGAAGUGAGGAAUCUGAGAGAGACAUCCAGGAGGAAACAGGGGAAGUUGCUGGACAAGCUGUUACCCACAUCAAUAGCAGAGUACACCCCCCCUGUACGCCCUAUACGCCCUGAAGAGACUACUGAGAUAUGAAGCUCUUACUCCAGGGGAGAGCUCGUCUACUCCAGGUGCCUCGUAAUGACUUUGGCAACGUGUUCCUGUUCAAGCCCUGCAUGUUGCCAGUAGGUUGUGUCAUUCUUCAACUGCCAAACCUCAAGAGUAGCUAAGAAGCUGGACAUGGACUGUGCCUCUGCUGUCGCUGGCUUUGACUUCCACCAUGGUGGCUACUUUCAUGCUGUAACGGAUGGCUACAUUGUGUGUGUGUGUGCGUGUGCGUGUGCGUGUGUGUGUGUGAGGAGCAUGAGGAGAUCCUGAGUUCAGCUUGGGUGGAAGACCAAGAGAUCCAGAGAUAUAGUAGAAAGAGAAGCAGGAAAAGAGAGCCGUGUCUAACUGGACUCUGCUGGUGAAGGCCCUCUGAUCAGGGAGACACUCCAGCGGUGCUAUGGGAAGAAAGGCCCAAUAGCCGGGGGAGGACUGGACCAACUGAAGAGCCAGAAUGGGGACAGGGUCUGUCGUCUGAAGGGGAGGGGGAUGAGGAGCGUAGGCAGCUGCUGCCACACUGGCACAGACUUGGCCCCAGGACAGUGGCACAGGGGGACCAAACGGGAGAAAAGGGUCCCGUUCGAGAAAGUACGUGUUCUUCAUGUUUCCAGAAUGGAUCAGAGCCAAUAUUCACAAUGUGUUUCAGUGCUGAUCUAGAAUCUGUUUAGCCUUUUAGAUCAUAAUGAAUAAGAUUACAUGGACAGGGAGGACCAGAUCCUAAAUCAGCACUCCUACUUUCCUACUUUAAGACACUAUGAAUACGGGCCCAGAAGUAGGUCAGACAGACAGGUGUUCCGUGAUUAGUGUUGCGUGAUUCUCGGUUCCUGAUGUCUUACAGGAGAUGUAGGUCAUUGUAAUCCCUGUGGACCAAGACCUACAAAGCAGCCUGGCACAAACUCAAACCUGUACUGCUGCAGGUGGUGGACCCUCAAUGUAAACUGAUUUCCUUCAACCCCCCCAUUACACUCCUAUUCUCUAGAGUGAGAAAAAUAAGCUGCUGGUGUGUGUAUGUUUGUACAGGCACGUAAAUGGGGGGAGCUCAGUUGUUUGUCUCUACUCUGUAUUGGUAUAAAUAAUGUUUCUGUAUCAAAAAUAUUUUUCAAAUAUUAUUUUAUGAAAAUAAAAAAUGUCACAGUGUUGUUCCCAUAAUGAGUUAAGGACCGCCACUGAGUCAUACAGCCAAGAAUGCCCCCUCAGUUUUACAAAAGCAUUCAGAGCUUGGAAUAUAUUCCCAGCCACUCAGAGAGAAUAGUGGAAGAGUGUUUUUGACUUCUGACAGAAGUUGUUUAAACCAGACUGAUCUCAUAUGACAGUGUGUUCUGCAUGUUUUUUACAUUGCAUUACUUUUGUUCAUGCAGUGCAGUCUGACCAGAGACAGUCCUUAAAAUGUUUUAAUGGACUGCUCCUACUUGUUAGCUAAAUGUAUUGGCAUUAAAAGACUGGGAAAUUAUUUGAAUGUAGAUUCAUUUGUAAAUUCACCAGAAACUAAUGUCAGACAGUCUAUUUAUAUUUGGGUCCCGUCUUGAAGAACAGAACUGGCCAAUGGUAGUCAUACCUGGCGACACGGAAGUGGCGUAAAUUGUGAAUAUUCGUGUACUUCCUGUCUUCUGCUUUACUGGGGGUGCUGAUCGAGAAUUGGUUCUGUUUUGUAGAGCCAGGUUUGGCUUCAAUUGCAAGGCAACCCGCAAGUUCUUUGUGUCCUCUCAGACCAUCCACCUCGUCGGUUCCUCAUGAAAGACGGGGAGUGUAACUUCUUCUGCUUCUUCCGUUGCUGCUGAGUGGUGUCGGGCUAGUCUGUGGAACUGUGUUCUCUAGGAGCUGUAGUUCCCCUGGUGACGCUGACGGCCAGAGAGCUGUCAGUCAGUCCCAGAGAGAGAGAGAGAGAGAGAGAGGCUCUGCCGGGGAAUGUCUGUGGACAUGAACAGCCAGGCCUCUGACAGCAAUGAGGAUGACUUCGGGGUCAACUCGGAGGAGGACGAGGAUGACGACGGGGGUGACGAUGAGGACCAGGGGGACAUAGUGGACUACUACGACGGUGUGGCCGGAGACAUGGAGCAGCAGGGGGCCGACUCGUUUGACCCAGAGGAGUACCAGUUCACCUGCCUCACCUACAGUGAGAUCCAGAAGGUGCUCUGCAAGGAGGUCAACAGUAUCGCCGCCAUCCUGAAGGUUUUACCUGCUGUAGCCAAACUGGUCCUUGUGCAUUUUCACUGGCAAGUGUCACAAAUACUGGACAGAUACAAGUCCAACUCAUCUCAGUUGCUGUCUGAGGCCCAGGUCCAGCCCAGCAGCACCUGCAGAUCAGUUCCUACCCCUCAGUCCCUCCAGUGUGGGGUGUGUCUGCAGCUGGUUCGGAGGGAUGCCCUGCUUGCGCUGCCCUGCCAGCACUCCUUCUGCAAAACAUGCUGGGAGCAGCAUUGCACUGUACUCGUCAAAGAUGGGAUGGGAGUGGGUAUCUCCUGUAUGGCUCAGGAUUGUUCCCUCCAAAUGCCAGAGGACUUUGUGCUCCCGCUGCUGCCUGGUGAGGAGCUGAAGGACAAAUAUAGACGCUACCUCUUCAGGGACUAUGUGGAGAGCCACUUCCAGCUGCAGCUGUGUCCAGGGGCAGACUGUCCCAUCGUCAUCCAAGUGCAGGAGCCACGGGCCCGCAGAGUACAGUGCAUCCGCUGCAAUGAGGUCUUCUGUUUCAAAUGCCGGAUCAUGUACCACGCCCCAACAGACUGCCCAACCAUCCGAAGGUGGCUAACCAAAUGUGCAGACGAUUCAGAGACCGCCAACUACAUCAGUGCACACACUAAAGAUUGUCCUAAGUGCAAUAUCUGCAUUGAGAAGAAUGGAGGCUGCAAUCACAUGCAAUGCUCCAAGUGCAAACACGACUUCUGCUGGAUGUGUCUGGGGGACUGGAAGACCCAUGGCAGUGAGUACUAUGAGUGCAGUCGCUACAAGGAGAACCCAGACAUCGUCAACCAGAGCCAGCAGGCACAGGCCAGAGAGGCCCUCAAGAAAUACCUCUUCUACUUUGAGAGGUGGGAGAACCACAAUAAGAGUCUCCAGCUGGAGGCUCAGACGUACCAGCGGAUCCAGGAGAAGAUCCAAGAGCGGGUGAUGAACAACCUGGGCACCUGGAUAGACUGGCAGUACCUGCAGAACGCUGCCAAGCUGCUGGCCAAGUGUCGCUACACACUGCAGUAUACUUACCCCUACGCCUACUACAUGGAGUCUGGUCCUCGUAAAAAACUGAAUGUUCGUUGCUGUGGGAGAUCGUGCUGUCACAAUGCAUAUGAUUUUGAGUACCAGCAGGCCCAGCUUGAGGCAGAGAUUGAGAACCUGUCUUGGAAGGUGGAGCGAGCAGACACCUACGAGAGAGGGAGUGAGGGGGAGCUGAGCGCCAAUGACCGAGGGGAUCUGGAGAAUCAGAUGCACAUUGCUGAGCAGAGGAGACGCACGCUGCUGAAGGAUUUUCACGACACCUGAAGUUACCAUCCUACUGCAAAGCACCAACAGCUCCCUCCUUCAUCCCUCCCUCAUUAAGUGCUCUAUUUGUCUGCUACAGGGUCUCAGAAUGGCACAGUCCCCCCCCCCCCCCCCAUUUAGAUCUGUCAACAACGCCACAUUCUUACACACUACACCAUGAAAUGAGAAAGCAUGCGCAUGCUCGCGCACUCACACAUACACUCUUCAGAAAAUAAAACAAAUUCUUAAUUUUCCUCCCACGCGGUCCCACCAUCCUUCUACUUUUCUUCUCACAUUGUUCACCUUUUUCUGGAAAUGGCUGUUGAUAGUUAGAUCGUUUAAGAAACGGAAAAUUUAAAAAAUGCUGUAAUUUUCCAUGGUUGUACAUUAAUACAGAAAUAGUUACUGAGUUUUUAAAACAAA